AGGAUAGCAAUCACAUUCUAAACUCUCCGUUCUCUUCUCAGUGCUGUCGUACCGUCUAAAGACCAUGCCCGCCAUCGUUAACCUCCUCUUCAACGUGGUCUCCACCAACACCACCAUCUCCUUCAACGUGGUGCUGCCGUUGGUGAGCCUGGUCUCCCUCCUGGUGGGGGUGGGGGGCCACCUGCUGCUGUGGCUGGUUCUGAUCAAGAACCGCCGCAGUCGCUCCAAGCCCAGCUCCAUCCUGCUUCUCAACCUCAGCCUGGCAGAUCUGGGCGCUCUCCUCACGCUGCCCUGCGUGCUCCUGAGCGCCCGCUUCCAGAACUGGCAGCUCGGCGGCGCCACCUGUGUCCUCCUGGGAUUUAUGACGUCGGUGACGGUAGGAGUGGAGAUCUUCAGCCUGGCAGCGCUGUCGGUGCUGAGGUAUCGGAUCGUCGCACCGCAGAUGAGACCCCCUGCCAGUCUGACCCAAGUGUUGUGCGCUGUACUGGCCAUUUGGCUGGUGUCGCUGGCCAUGGCCUUACCAAAGGUCACCUACAUCAACUUCAACGGGGGGUGCACUUGGUCGGUUGGACGGACGGAGUGGCUGUUCUUCCUGGUUCCCGCCCUGCUGAUCUACUACGUGGCUCCUCUGUUGUGCAUCGCCAUCAACUGCGGCCUCAUCAUCUCCCACCUCCACAGCUGCAGGAGAACGCUUGCUGCCGACAGACGCAACAAGAAAGCCACCGCUCUGCUGAUUGGCUCAACGCUGGUUUUCGCCAUUAGCUGGCUGCCGUACUACGCGCUUGAGUUUGUCAAUGUUUUAUCCCCGUAUGUGAGUUCAGCAGCCUCUCCGACCGGCAGAUCGGGGACGGAGCUCGCCACCGCUACGCCUUUGUAUCCGUCAGCGUCCUCGCCGGCACCCAACGAGCAAAGGCUGACGAGCGUCACGCUGCUGUGGGAGGUAGCGUCUUUGACGGCCAUUUUGUUGGUGUGCAUGGCGCCGUGCUGGAGCCCCCCUCUGUACUUCCUGCUGUCCCGUCCCGCUGUGCGUCAGCUGAGGGCUCUCCUGCCUUCUUUCAUUCGAGAACAGCUACAGAGAAAAACUGCCCAGCGCUGGCGGAUCGCUCCGGCUCACCCUCCGUGCCUGCCGAUCUCCAACACUCAGACACUGACCAAGUGACCGGGCGACUCGGUAAACGUCUCCCAUCCCGCAAAACAUGAGAAGUAUUCAAGUCACUGCAUAUAUUCCUAACUUGGCAACAGCGUGGUCGACUUCCAGGAAGAAAACCCAUUUGCCAUUGAUGAAACGCAUUAAAGGUCAUAAAAACACAGAGGUUAUCUCCACCAUUACAAUGCCAGGGUCACUUAGAAACUCAGGCUACCAAUAGCCAGCUGGCAGGGGAGAGAGGAGACCUGAAAUGAAAAGGUAAUUGAAAAUACCAACAAGAAGCUCUUCUUUUCAAAUUACACAUCAAAACAUGGUUUAUAGAUCCAGGUCACUGAACUUUCAAACAGCACUUCUAGAAUGGAAGAUGAACCUACAAUAACCAGCCCUUUUUCAGUGGAUAUACAAUGUUUAGUGAUUAACCUCCAAAGCACAUUCAGGGUUAGAUUUUUAGACACGUUUACCAACUGCAACAACAACUUCCAUAAUAUGGCUUCUCUGAUUAAAUACGACAAAUGGAAUGUGCCCUGUAGAAAACCAGUUGAAAGGCUUCAAUUGGAGCCAUUAGAAAGCUCGCAGUACAUCACAACAAACGCAGAACCCUGUAACCCCAUUACCGCAGCGCCUGACAGAGCAACAGCACGGGGGAUGCAGCCUCCCAGGAAAUCUCCCCACAUACGAUGGGAAGCGAUGGUGUCUAAAUUCAACGUCUUAUUAAUACCCUCAUAAAUAGAGGCCUCCUUGACUUCUGACAAGCGUUAACAGAAGCCGACUUGUUUGGCUCGGAGCUCCAACGCCUAUGAAAAAGAGAUGUGACACACUUAAACACAAAAGAAAUCUUAGCCGCUUUGUGAAAAUUACAUGUGAGCAAGCGAAGCCAAUCUGCAUGAAGAGUGGUUUAAUAAUAUAAUGGCACAAAAGGGCAGAAAUUACUCAUAGCAGAGGGAUGGAGCUGCUACCUAAUAACCCACUGCUGAAAGUCAGAUGACGGGUUAAAAAAGAAGAAGUUGCUGCUAAAAAAAGAAGUUGCAAACUCACUGAUUAAAGGUUUUUCAAAAAAAAAAAAAAGAAAUCUCCUCGAGUAGGCAGAUGUUUGCAGAUUUGUUAAUCCCGCUGGACCUCACCUACUGAGUACAUAUAGUUUAAAGACAAAAUUAGACACCAGCUGGCGAACAUAAAGAAACUGAGGGCCCACAUAUUUCCCCGUGGAAUAUAUAUUAUAUUAUAUCUAAAGCUGAGGAAGGAUGUUUGGAUUUACUGUAUUAUUUGGACUAUAAGACGCAUUUAAAAGCCUUAAUUAAAAAAAAAAAAAA